GGUGACCUCCCUCCUCUAUCUCCAUUGCCAGUAGUACGUCACACUCCAAUUUCACCUCGUCGUAGAAUUUCAAACAAUCACUCUGUAUAUAUCAAUUCCUUGAGUCCUAUGCAAGGCAGUACAGCAAUGUCACCUCGAAAACCUCUUCCUUAUUACUUUAAUCGGAGUCCAGCCAAGGACUUAAGAGUCAUAAACACAAUGCUGAAGAUGAAGGGUGUUGGAGGAAAGCGACACUUAGAUGAGGCAGAUCUUAGUGGACCAGAUGUGAAGCGCCCACUCAUGGGUGGCCUUUCCAAGCGUAUACAGGGAGUGCUAGGGGAUAGGCUCUCUGCAACCCCUUCACUAGAUCUACAGCAAGAUUCUCAGCCAACCCAGGACACAUUGCCACAGAAUGGCCAUGCAACAGAAGCUGGAGGUGGUGACUUCCCACCAGAGCAACCUUAGCAUAUGGCAUAAAGUUUAGGGAGAUAUUCUCAAAGUAAUUGAUAUUAGCUUAGAAUCAAAUGCUUUGCUUAUUCAUCAGUUAUAAAUAGUUACUUGUGUAGAGCUAUCCAAAAUUUCCACACAGAUGUGAUUUUCAUCUGUCUUGAUAGCUUUUAUUGGUAUGCAGAUUAUUUGUGCUUGCAUUUUCCCAACAUACGGAAUGCAGAGCUCUAUGGCCUUGCUGAACAGUACAUGGGUUAGUAUGCCCAAUGUAAAACAAAACCAUGGGUGGUAUCACUUAUCAGUCAGAUCUUAGCAUCGCAUUUUGAGAUGGUCCAGCAGACCCAGCAGUGCCUUUUGUUAUGCUUAUAAGAAAUUAAAAUUUUUCUUCAUUGUAAACCAAAGAUGUUUGGUUAUGUUCAAUGCUGGUGUUUAUGCUUGGAUGGAUUUAGGUGCAGAAAGGAUUUCAUUUGUUAUUAUUGUGGCAAUACUUCUAAAUAAUUAGGUUCAUCAGUUAUAUUAUUUUGGAUAUCUUCUCAUCUUUAGAAAGAUAAGGUGUUCAAUGCCAAACUCAUAAAGAGAACUAAAAUAUUAUUCCCAUGUUUAUAUAGUGAAUCUUAUAUAAAAAUAUGUUUAUCGUUGUAAUUUAAAUGUUUUAAUUUGCAUUUAUACAGUAGUGUACCUUGUUUUAUUUUAAAGAUAUUAAAAGUGUAUAUUUUGCAUCUUCCUUGAUACUUUAAUUAAAUGAUUAAUUAUGCAGUAACCAAGUGCUUUUGUACAGAAGCAAGGUUGUGUCUUUACUUUCAGAUUUUGAUAUUUGAAAAUGUCCAAACUGUUUGAGCUCCUAUUUAAAGUUUGUGUGAACCAGAGUAAAUGUUUGGAAAGCAAGUUGUUUGAGUACAAGCUUGUAAAGUGUAAUUAAACAAAAUGAUUA